GGGAGAGCAGGGCCCUGCUGCACCCAAGUCCUGGCCACUCCUCCCCACCACACUGGCCCUUCAUGGAAGCCUUGGUCUGUGCAUUUUCUGAGCUGCGCAUAAUAGAAGAUGCAGUAAGCCAGGCUCAAGGACGCCCCGGCCACCCUGACGCACCAUCCAACAUCUACGAGGGGGGCCUGGGGUCCCAGCAGCCGCAGUGCCCCAGUGCCCAGGGAAGCAAGCCCAAGAACUUCCGGCUGCGCCACCUCCAGGGCCUGGCUCUUUACCUGCAGGGCCACUCACCGCCCACUCGCCAGUGUGAGAGCCACUGGCUAGGCCGGCUUAUGGCUGGGGGCUGCCUGCCACAGCCUGAAGGCACAGCCUGGACCCUGGACCUGCCACAGGGGACUCUGGGCCAAGGUAACAGCCACUGCUCAGCCCUUCUGGAAGCACAGUUGCCCAGAGACAGCCUGGGAAACACUGCUUCCAGUUCCAGCAUGGACCCAGCCAAGGGUGCCCUCCAUCAGCCUUCUGAGGGCUUGGGGCUCAGGCCCAAGAGGUCCUGGAGGACCUCAGAAGAGGCUAUGUGCCCCUUGUGCAAGAGAACCCGUUCUGGGGCCCUGGAGAGGCCAUAGGAAUCCCAAGUACCAGGACUGGGGACAGGAGGGGAAGGACAGCUGAGGAGGCAGCCCCAGCAGGAGGGGCUGGCCCCCAGCAGUGGCCCUGCCACAUGAGGUAGCCCAGGCAGCGGCCAGCACCCAGGCCUGGGAGUUGGCAAAAUGUGAGAGGGAGAGGAAGGAGGAGGUCCGGAGGGAGGCAGAGAAGCAAGAGAAGCAUGGCCAUGCCCCUGUAGCCUGCUCAGACUCCAUUCAGCCACUUGUACCUUGGAGGCCAUGCUGAGUGGAGAAUCAGGCCCCCACGAGAGGCCUGGGAGCCCACAGGUCUGAUCUCAAUAAAAGACAAGGCCUGCA